CAACGGUGCGCGCAUGGCAGCUGGACGCAUGCGCUGUGCGCGAUGAUCGACACACCGUCGCGCGAGACAGUCUUCAAUAAUGUAGUUGGUGUUCCAAUGCUACAUUAUAGCCCGGUGCUCAAACGCCGCCUGAAAAUAAUUGUAUUUUUUCUUCAAAUGUGACCCGAGAUAACUUAGCUUACAGUUUUGUACACCCGCGUACAGGUUCUUAAAUAACUUUUUGGUGCUGUUGUGUUGGGGAGUGAAUCGAAGAAACUCUGGAAAACGCCAUACUUUUUGGAGCGGCGGAUAUCAUUGUUGAAGGGUGUUUGAGUGGCGUACCACACUGGCAACUAUGGAGGCCUCCCAGGACCUCAGCGAGCACACGUAAUCACAAGCAGCGGCUACAGCCCGCGCUCGGCCCACCAGUAUUCCCCACCCCUCUACCCUUCGAAACCCUAUCCCCACAUCCUGUCCACCCCGGCCGCCCCGCCCAUGCCGGCCUACGCGGGCCAGCCCCAGUUCAGCACCAUGCAGCAGUCGGCUGUCUACACCUCCUACUCACAGACGGGACAGGCCUACGGCCUGUCCACAUACGAUCUCGGGGUGAUGUUGCCUGGCAUCAAGACAGAGGGGGGCCUGGCCAGAGUCAGUCUCCCUUGCAGACGGGGCUCAGUUUACAGCCCUGGCUUCACCACCCCUCAGCCCGGACAGACCGCCUACUCCCCCUACCAGAUGCCAGGCUCCAGUUUUGCUCCUUCCUCAGGCCUCUACGCCACCAACAAUUCAGUGUCCAACCCAGCCAACUACACUGCCACGCAGCAGGAUUACCCCUCAUACACAUUUGGCCAAAACCAGUACGCCCAGUAUUACCCGGCAUCCACGUACGGGACCUACAUGACCUCCAACAGCGUGGACGGCUCGGGGACCACGGCGGCCUAUCAGCUGCAAGAUCCCGCCCCCGCCAUGACGGGACAGGCUGCCGAGCUCCACCAAGGGGAAUUCGAGCCGGUGCAGAGCCCCUCCACCCCCAUCAAGGAGCUGGACGAGCGCGCCUGCCGGAGCGGGGGCUCCAAGUCCCGGGGCCGCGGUCGCAAGAACAACCCCUCCCCCCCGCCCGACAGCGACCUGGAGCGAGUGUUUGUGUGGGACCUGGACGAAACCAUCAUCGUCUUCCACUCCCUGCUCACGGGGUCCUACGCACAGAAGUACGGCAAGGACCCACCGAUGGCCGUAACGCUUGGUCUGAGAAUGGAGGAGAUGAUCUUCAACUUGGCAGACACACACUUAUUUUUCAACGAUCUCGAGGAGUGUGAUCAGGUACAUAUUGAUGAUGUAUCAUCAGACGACAAUGGCCAGGAUUUGAGUACUUACAGUUUUGCAACUGAUGGCUUCCAUGCAGCUGCGACCAGCGCCAACCUGUGCCUUGCUACUGGGGUCCGCGGCGGGGUGGACUGGAUGAGGAAGCUGGCCUUCCGCUACCGACGGGUCAAAGAGUUGUAUAGCACGUACAAAAACAAUGUAGGGGGGCUGCUGGGCCCGGCUAAGAGAGACGCCUGGCUGCAGCUCAGGGCCGAGGUGGAGGCUCUGACCGACUCCUGGCUCACCCACGCACUCAAGUCCUUGUCCAUCAUCAGCUCCAGGAGUAACUGUGUGAAUGUGUUGGUGACGACCACCCAACUCAUACCGGCGCUGGCUAAGGUUCUCCUGUACAGUCUGGGCUCGGCUUUCCCCAUCGAGAACAUUUACAGCGCAACCAAAAUAGGAAAAGAGAGCUGUUUUGAGCGUAUAGUGUCCCGCUUUGGCACUAACGUUACAUAUGUUGUGGUUGGCGAUGGGAGAGAUGAAGAGCAUGCGGCCAGCCAGCAUAACAUGCCUUUCUGGAGGAUAUCUAGUCACUCGGACCUGCUGGCUUUGCAUCAAGCACUGGAAUUUGAGUAUCUGUAACAGAUACCAAAAGCAAUACGGACAUAUUCAAUGUCGUCAGAGGUGGUCGCCGACAGACCUCAAAGAGCCUCGUUCUGUAUACAUAUUUAAGAAAAAAGACAACACACCAUACACUGCGACUUUUUUUGUGAUUUCCUUUUUUUUUUUUUAUGUUUGUAUUUACAUACUCUGGUCUUAAGAAGAGAGGUGAAGGAAAAAAAAAAACUUAAGGACAGUGGGGUCAAGACAGGACUGGACCCCCCCCCCCCCCCCCCCCCCCCCACACACACACCCCUCGUCCUGAUGAUGCUGAGGACUGACAGUUGUGAAGUAGCAACACCACUCAAGCAAGAAGGAUCUUCCCAGCUCCCAACUUCGAUACUCGUCAGUACUCUCGAUGCUCGUCGUCCGAUUUCGUUUACCCGUGGGCCUCUUGAUGAUUGAGUUCUGCAGAACCCAGGCCUGAGCGGCCAAACCCAUGAAAGUGUGUCCAUUCAUGAGGAACUCCCAUUUAGGAGCUGAGCAGAGGGUUGGUUUGAAUCAUGCCGGGUUGGGACAAACAGCUGCAUGUGAAAACGAGCUAUUAUAUACUGCAAUUAACUUUCUGUUUGGUCAUUCGAAUUACAAUGAAGUCCGUAGCAGAAACUUGUAAAUUAUCAGUAACCUUCUGUGGGCAGCAGUUCUUGUCAAUGAAAGGAAAAUGUUUCUUUUAGGGGAUCUGGAUUUUUUGUAUGUUUUUUUUGAAAAGGAGAAUGUGAUGUGUUGUGCCUUAUAAACGUGUUUGAGUGAAUAUUUCCUUUUUUCCAGACCUAAUAUGUAGAUAUAAAAGUACCCCAAACAAAA